AAUUAAAUAAGAGAAGAGAAGAAGAAAAGGUAGAAAACCAAGGAAAAGAGAGAGAGAGAGGUGGCGGCUGGUGGAUGGCGUCGGGGAGGGUGGCAGCCGGCGUGGAGGUGGUGGUUGUGGUGGUGGCGCAAGAAAGAAAAGAAAAGAAAAAGAGAAGAGAAAUUAAAGAAAGAGAUUAGGAAAGAAUUAGAGAAUUUGUAGAAUUAGUGUUAUAUACCUGGUUGUACGAUACACCCAGGGUUAUUAUUGUCAUUUCACGCGUUUUUGCUUGUACACGUGAUACUUGGGUUCACGCUUUACUCGUUUUCCUGCUCUUUUUUAUUUUUUAUUUUCUCUCUCUUCCUUUCUUCUUUCUCUCUUUUCCUUCUCUCUUUCUAGUCUUCAAUUUCCAAAAUUACCAGAAUUUCCUUUCUUCAGUUUCUUUAUCUACAUUUUCCAGAUUUUGCUUAAAAUUGCUUCUAGUUGCUACAAUGGCGGAAUCUAGGUAAAUUUCCUCUUUGUUUUUUCAAUUUUUGUUUGUGUUUUUGGUUACAUUAUGAUUAAUUUCAUGUAUUUUUGUUCAAUUAUACUUCGAAUUAAGUUUCAUGUAUUUUCGUGUGAUUAAUUAUACUUUGUAUAAACUUUUUGUGCUCAAUUUUUUCAGAUUUUUUUGCUCAAUUAUAAUUCGUAUAAAAUUUUGUGCUCAAUUUUUAUUUUGCUCAAUUUUGUACGGAGUAUUAAUUAUACUUCUUAAGUUUCAUGUAUUUUUGUUUCAAUUUUUGUUUUAUUUUCAUUAAUGUGUCCUUCAUUGUGUUCAAUUUUUGUUUAAAUUUCAGUAAUGUGUCAUUAAUUGCUCUUUUUGCUUAUUUAUUUGGUGUAAUUGGUUUUCUUUUAUGUGUGAUGAAUUGCUCAUGUUGCUCAUUUUUUUUGUAUAAUUUCUGUUUUAUGUUUGCUCAUUUUCCUAUGUUUGUUCAUUUUAUGAUAUUUUUUUUGCUCAUAUUGUGUUUGUUUGCUCAUUUAUAUUUUUGUUCUUAUUUGCGUAGUAUAUUUUGCUCAUUUUUUUGCCUGUGAGCGAGGUGGAGACGAUUUCACAUGCUCUGUUUGACUGUAUUGCAAUCAGGCAUAUCUGGGACAAUUAUGAACAUGCUACAGUUAUUUCUGAGUCCCCGAUGUAGGCUUCUUUUGCUGAAAGAGCGCUAUGGAUUGCUGAUAAGAUUAGCAAGGAGGAUCUUUGUGUGCUAUUGUCAAUUGCAUGGUCAGUUUGGUUUUGUUGGAACAAGAGUAUUUUUGAAGGUGUGGCUCUGAAUAUUAAUGUAAUGGCAGCUAGUUUCGCAAAGUUAAUACAUGAUUACAAAAUGUAUGCAACGAAGGUUUUCCCUCCCAAGUUAUCUACACUGUCUCACAGUGUAGCUGCGUGGUCUGUACCUCCUUCUAGCAUUAUAAAAAUUAAUUUUGAUGCCUAUUUCAGCUUGAACUCAUCUGGUGCCAUAGGUGCAGUAGCUAUAGGUGCAGUAGCUGGGGACAGUGAGGGGCAUGUUUUAUGGGCUGCAGUCCGAAGAAUUCCAAUGGGGUGGGAUGUUGAAACAGCAGAAAUUGUUGUUGCCCGGUUUGGUUGUCAGGUGGCAAGAAGAUUGGGUUUACAGCGAGUGUGGCUUGAAGGAGAUGCUUUGACAGUGAUUAACGCAUUAAUGGUUCCUCUCAUGCAUGGUCCCUAUUUGGCUCAUUUUUCCUAUGUUUGUUCAUUUUAUGAUUUUUUUGCUCAUUUUGUGUUUUUUUGCUCAUUUUUAUUUUUGUUCUCAUUUAUAUGUUUGCAUAUUUUAUUUUUGAUUGUUUGUCGAAUAUACUAGUGGUUCUGAUAAUGAUUAUGUGUACUCAUUUUAUAAUAGUCUGUGCUUUUGUGUACCAGAAAUGAAUAGCAUUGGUGGUAUACUAGUGCUUUUGCCUCUUAUACUAGUGCUUUUGUACCAGAAAUGAUUAUUUGCUUAUUUGUAUUGCAGUAAAAGCUCCUGAUGUUAAUGAUUCUGCGCAACAAGUUCAACCACAAUGUUCCGAUAUUCAGACUUUUAAAGUAGAAUAUAAGUUGAAGAGGUUUAAAACAUUAGCUAUGAGGGAGAAAGGGAAAAAGAUUUUGAACAAAAAAGUAGAAAAACAGAAGGUUGUUGGUAAAGGUAAACAGAAGGUUCUUGGUAAAGGUAAAGAGAAGGCUAAAUCUGAUGAAUCUCCUAAGAACAUCAAAGCUGAAAAGUUUUGCUUUUCUGAUUCUUUGCGAAGUAGAAUGUCUCCUUCGUUAGUUGUAAGUGUUGUAGAGGAUUGUUCUGACGCUUAGUUGGAAUCUAUUAGGCAAAUGGGUUUCGGGUCGUUAGAGUAUUUAAAGGUGUCCCAAUUGCCUCUUCACUUGGGUUUGUGGCUGGUGCAGCAUUUUGACGCCAAAACUUCUAGUUUGUGCAUACCCGAUUGUGAGCCAUUGCGUAUUACUGAGCAACAUGUGCACGAAGUGUUUAGGUUUCCUCUUGGAGGUCAAGAUAUAAAAGAUGCAACAACAUAUCCAAGUGUGGUUAGGCGAUGGAAAAAAUAGUUCAAGAGGAACUCAAUCUGUGUUAAAUUGGGUGAACUUGCCUCAUAUUUGAAGAACCACAAGUCUGGUGGUCCUAUGUUCAAGAGAAACUUUGUUGUUCUUUGUGUAUCCACGUUAAUGUCAGGUGGACAAAACAUGAAUGUGAAUUAUUCGAUUCUGAAAUAUCUUGGUGAUACGGAUAAAAUCAGAUAUUUGAAUUGGUCAAAGUACAUUCUUGAUCAUCUUGUGGCUAAUAAGAUAUAUUGGGACGAGCAUCCAACUCGUUAUUUUCCUGGAUCUUUGCUAUUUCUUAUGCUUCUUUAUGUUGAUCGGUUUAUAAUUGAGGAAGUUCGAGCUCAAAGAGAAAUUCCAAUUCUUAAAGGUUGGACAACUAAUAUGUUGUCUACACGUGAGAAAUUGGAAUUCUUUAAAGGGAGGAUUGGAAGCUUUGGUAACAACCAACCUGUUGCUGUUUCUUCUGGCAGCAAGAAGCCAAAGAUGGAAAAUUCUGUUCCAGUUGAUACAGAAAAUGAUAAAGGUUCUGAACCAAAUUCGAAGAAGGAAAAUUAUGUUCUUGUUGAUACAGAAAAUCAUAAAGUUGCUAAACCAGAUCCGAAGAAGAAGUGUUUGAUGGAGCUUGCUAGUGCAUCUAUAAAUCUGGUUUUAGCGUAUAUUGACUUUGGUAAAAAGCAUGAAGCUGCAAUUAAGCAUUUUCCAAAUAAUGAGAAGAAUCGAAAGUUAAAAGAUGCUAUGAUGAUAUGUGAUGAGCAGAAAUUGCAUUCAAAAGUUAUAAAUAAAGGUCAAGGUUUGUCAUUUAGUCAAGACGAAGAAUAUUAGCAAGAUCCUGCUUUUAUUGAAGCUUGGGACGCCUUUUCUAAGGUUUCUUUCAGUGAUAAUACUCCUGAUUUAGUUCAUGCAAACAUUGUACAACCUAAUGUUGGUGGCAAUGAAUCAGAAGUUGUAGAUAUCAGAUCAAUUGCAGCUGAAAGUGUUCGUAUGGCUAAUCAAAUCCCUGAGCAUGAACCUCCUCUUAUAGCUGCAACUGGAGAUUCAUUAGAGGCUGUAAAUCCAAGUGUUGAUGUUCAAAAAUCACCAUCCAAAAGGGUUACAAGAAGUUCUGUUGCUAAAUUUGGCGGAAGCCCUUCGUUUAGUUUACGACACAAUUCUCCACAAUCAUCUCAGGAGAAGUCUUUAGUCAUUGCACCUAUACCUUGUUGUCCUGCCAAAUCAGUUGAAGCAAAAGUUGUUGAGAUCAAUGAAGAACCAACUGAUCAAGCAGUUCAUCAGACAACAGAUGAAGGAACAUCUUUGGUUUAUCAGCAUACUGAUCAAGCAACUAAAGCUACUGAAGUUCAGGGGGCAAAAGACACUAAAACAACAAACUCAGCGCAGAAUUUAGUGAGGGUUGUUCGACUUGUGCUUAAAAGGAAAACAGAAACUCCAAAUCAGGUUACAAAUUUGAAGAAAAAGAGGAAAGUGCAGCCAUCAAUGAUGUUUAGAUCGCCUUAUAAAUGUCGAGUUGUCAACUUCCAAACACCAUUGACAAAAGCUCAGAAAGCUCUACUAGAUUCUGUUUUUGAUGAAGAGAAAUCUCGUUUGUAAGUGUCAUCUUGAAUGAGUAUGAUUAAAUCUGUAUUAUUACUCUUAUUUAUUGUUUAUAUUUUAUUAAUCUUUUUUUC